GUGAGCUUGAGCAGGCUAACAGUAAGCUGAUUCAACUGAUUGCUUCUGCCUUUUUAGCCACGAUCUCUCCUUUAUUUGCUUUUGUAUUUGCUCCUUUUUUUUUUUUCUGAAAAGAAAGCCACCUAUCAGCAACAGUGUGAAUUUGCAAUUCAGUCCAUACACCUACCAGAUUCACCUCUUCAUUCUUUUACUCUCAUCUCUCUGCUCCAGCUUCUGCAGAAUCCAUCCUACUGUAGUUCUGACCUCAACUGCGAUUCUCUCUCUAUCUUCAUCGUUGUCUUCCUCCAAGACUCGCUGCGAUUCUAGUCCUAUUUUCGGCAUUGACAGCAGAUUAUGCUGAAGGGUUUACAGCUUUUCGUGAAUUGGGAGCUAAUGAUACCGAGUGGGCCUCAAACUAUAUAGCAGGGACAAAGGGAUUGACGAAGAGAAAGCGAAGUUGAUUAAACAAAUCGGGUACCAUUUUCUCGCCUACGAAGCAAUUUCAGUUAAUCUCUCUGUUUCUUGGUGAUCUGAAAGAAGAAAAAACAAUGGCUUCCGAUGCAACAGAAUCAUCAUGUCCCAAACCCAUGAAGGCUACAUCUAAUGGGGUCUUCCAGGGGGACAAUCCUCUUGAUUAUGCACUGCCACUCGCCAUCAUACAAAUUAUCCUAGUAGUUUUGCUCACUCGUGUUCUUGCUUUUCUACUAAGGCCGUUGCGACAACCGCGUGUCAUCGCUGAGAUUGUUGGAGGCAUUUUGUUGGGACCAUCAGCUCUGGGUCGGAACACGCACUAUCUGAAUAGUAUUUUCCCAUCCAGAAGUCUCACAGUGUUAGAUACUUUAGCCAAUCUUGGUCUCCUUUUCUUUCUGUUCCUUGUUGGCCUUGAGCUAGACAUAAAGUCCCUUCAUCGGACGGGGAAAAUGGCUUUAGCCAUAGCUGUCGCAGGAAUUAGUUUACCCUUUCUGUUAGGAGUUGGAGUAUCAUUUUUGCUCCGUAAAUCAAUUUCUGAAGGUGUUAAAGAAGCUCCAUUCCUUGUAUUCAUGGGGGUGGCCCUUUCAAUCACUGCUUUCCCUGUCUUGGCUCGUAUUUUGGCAGAACUCAAGCUUUUAACUACUGAUGUUGGUCGAAUGGCAAUGGCAGCAGCAGCCGUAAAUGAUGUUGCAGCAUGGAUUUUACUUGCACUUGCCAUUGCCCUCUCUGGAAGUGGACAUUCACCCCUCACAUCUUUAUGGGUGCUUUUAUCUGGGGCUGGAUUUAUUAUCUGUUGCGCAAUCAUUAUCCCACCUGUCUUUAAAUGGAUGGCAAGUCGUUGUCAUCAGGGUGAGCCAGUAAAUGAAAUGUAUGUCUGUGCUACAUUAGCUAUUGUCUUGGCAGCAGGGUUUUGCACUGAUUCUAUUGGAAUUCAUGCCCUCUUCGGUGCAUUUAUAAUUGGAACUCUUAUUCCAAAGGAGGGACCGUUUGCUGGUGCUCUUGUUGAAAAAGUUGAAGAUCUUGUAUCUGGUCUCUUCCUCCCUUUGUACUUUGUCUCUAGCGGAUUGAAGACCAAUGUAGCCACAAUUCGAGGGGCUCAAUCAUGGGGUUUACUGGUUUUAGUCAUAAGCACAGCCUGUUUUGGGAAGAUAGUUGGGACAGUAGUUGUCUCUCUUUUUUGCAAAAUCCCUUUUCAGGAAUCUAUAACUCUGGGAUUCUUGAUGAAUACUAAAGGCUUGGUGGAGCUCAUUGUCCUCAACAUUGGCAAAGAUCGAAAGGUCCUGAAUGAUCAAACAUUUGCUAUCUGUGUUCUGAUGGCUAUCUUCACAACCUUUAUCACAACGCCUGUAGUUAUAGCAGUUUAUAAGCCAGCCAAACAAGCGAUAAAGGCUGAUUAUAAGCACAGAACAAUUGAGAGAAAAGACCCAAAUACUCAGCUUCGAAUCUUGGCAUGUUUCCACAGUACAUUAAACAUUCCUACAAUUAUCAAUCUCAUUGAGGCUUCACGUGGAACAGAGAAGAGGCAAGAACUCCGUGUCUAUGCUCUGCACCUUAUGGAGCUCUCUGAGAGAACAUCUGCAAUCCUUAUGGUUCACAAGGCAAGAAAUAAUGGACUACCAUUUUGGAACAAGUUGCGGUCUGAUGCCAACCAAGUAGUUGUUGCUUUUGAGUCUUUCAGGCAGCUGAACCGUGUGUUUAUUCGUCCAAUGACAGCAAUCUCUGCAAUGCAUGACAUGCACGAGGAUAUCUGCACCAUUGCUGAAAGGAAAAGGGCUGCAAUUAUAAUCCUCCCAUUCCACAAGCAUCAGAGGUUAGAUGGGACAUUGGAGACAACUCGAAAUGAAUUUCGUUGGGUGAAUAGAAGGGUUCUUGAGCACGCUCCAUGCUCAGUUGGGAUUUUGGUGGAUCGUGGGCUUGGUGGAGCCACACAUGUAUCUGCAAGAAAUGUUUCCUCCAAUGUAACAGUCUUAUUCUUUGGUGGGCAUGAUGAUCGAGAAGCCCUUGCUUAUGGAGCAAGAAUGUCUGAGCACCCUGGAAUCAGUUUAACUGUCAUUCACGUCACAGCAAGCAAUGAUAUUACUCAGCAGACGGUCAAAAUCGAUAUAACUGAGGAAUCGAGUGCUUCAUCGGAAUCAACUGAUAGAAAAUUUCUAGCUAGCUUCAAGAAGAAUUCAGAUGAAGGCUCCGUCAAAUUUGAAGAGAGGGCAGUAAAUAAUGCAAGAGAAAUUGUUGAAGUAGUUAAGGAGUUCAGUCGCUGCAAUCUGUUCGUUGUUGGUCGAAUGCCUGAGGGUCUUGUGGCUGCUGUUUUGACUGAAAAGGUCGAGUGCCCUGAACUGGGUCCUAUAGGAAACCUCCUGACUUCUCAUGAAUUUGCAACUUCAGCAUCUGUCCUGGUGGUGCAGCAAUAUAGUAGUUCAAAAUCUCAACUCAGUUCUGGCAGCUCCACAAAGGUCGCAGAGCUGCCUGGGGAUGAUUCAGAAACUGGGUAGAUUGGCUUCUCUGUUCGACCUAUUGGUAAUAGUUACAAAGUAUAGACGUAACCACAGAGGACGACCUUACAAAGAUUGCCAGCAGAAUUGCUCUUCUUCGCUGUUGCCAGAUUCAGGCUUGGCAGUGCCUUGGCUAACCCUUUUUUUUUUUUAAAGAAAAGAAAAAAAAAAAAAAGAGAGAUCAAAGAAGGUGGAAAAAGCUCUUUGCAAGAUUUAAGAAGAAAAAGGAAAGCAAAUCGAUUGUUUAGUACUGGAGUGUUAGGAUUCGAAUUGAAAUCUCAAUUUGGAUCGCUUGCAAAAAAAUCAUAUAGAAUUAAUUUAAUUCAUCAAUUCCAAAUAAAAGGUCAUGAUUUUAAUUCUUC